UGCCUCAUUGUUUUGCAGAGUUUUCUCUAAUCUUUAACAUUCGACGACUGUGCGGACAAAGGAAAUUUGAUUUGCUUCCUUCAAAGCCGGUAACAAAGCAACUUUAUAAAUCCCAGCUAAUACUACGAAAUCUCGCCGGAAGAAUUCAGAGCUGCUGUGCGUACGAAGUGUAGACACUCAAGAUGGGUAAGGAAAAGACGCAUAUUAAUAUUGUUGUAAUUGGUCACGUCGACUCCGGUAAAUCGACCACAACUGGCCAUUUGAUUUACAAGUGCGGUGGCAUUGACAAGCGUACGAUUGAAAAGUUCGAAAAGGAGGCCCAGGAAAUGGGUAAGGGCUCCUUCAAGUAUGCCUGGGUCUUGGACAAACUGAAGGCGGAGCGUGAGCGUGGCAUAACCAUUGAUAUUGCUUUGUGGAAAUUCGAGACGCAGAAAUACUAUGUGACCAUCAUCGAUGCGCCUGGACAUCGUGAUUUCAUCAAAAAUAUGAUUACCGGUACUUCGCAGGCCGAUUGCGCGGUAUUAAUUGUUGCUGCCGGUACCGGCGAAUUCGAAGCCGGCAUCUCUAAGAAUGGCCAAACGCGUGAACAUGCUCUACUCGCAUUCACGUUGGGCGUCAAGCAAUUGAUUGUUGGCGUUAAUAAGAUGGACUCCACUGAGCCACCGUAUAGCGAGACACGCUAUGAGGAAAUCAAGAAGGAGGUAUCAUCGUACAUCAAGAAGAUCGGCUAUAAUCCGGCGUCGGUGGCAUUCGUACCCAUUUCCGGCUGGCAUGGUGAUAAUAUGCUUGAACCAUCUGAGAAGAUGCCAUGGUUCAAGGGUUGGACUGUGGAGCGCAAGGAGAGCAAAGUGGAGGGCAAGUGUUUGAUUGAUGCGCUGGACGCAAUUAUGCCGCCACAGCGGCCCACCGACAAGCCAUUGCGUCUGCCAUUGCAGGACGUUUACAAGAUUGGCGGUAUCGGUACGGUGCCAGUGGGACGUGUGGAGACUGGUAUACUGAAGCCAGGUAUGGUGGUUAAUUUCGCACCAGUCAAUUUGGUGACUGAAGUCAAGUCUGUGGAAAUGCAUCACGAGGCACUAUCUGAAGCUUUGCCUGGCGAUAAUGUUGGCUUCAAUGUGAAGAACGUUUCGGUAAAGGAGCUGCGACGUGGCUAUGUAGCUGGUGACUCAAAGAAUUGCCCACCCAAGGGUGCUGCUGAUUUUACCGCUCAGGUGAUUGUACUUAAUCAUCCUGGUCAAAUCGCCAACGGCUACACCCCGGUCUUGGAUUGUCACACCGCUCAUAUUGCUUGCAAAUUUUCCGAGAUCAAAGAGAAAUGCGAUCGCCGUACUGGCAAGACCACCGAAACCGAUCCGAAAGCUAUUAAGUCUGGUGAUGCGGCCAUUAUUUUGUUGGUGCCCACUAAGCCGUUAUGCGUUGAAAGUUUCCAAGAGUUUCCGCCGCUCGGACGUUUCGCUGUACGUGAUAUGAGGCAAACGGUCGCGGUGGGGGUCAUAAAGUCGGUCACCUUUAAAGAGACAACCUCGGGUAAAGUCACAAAAGCCGCCGAGAAGGCACAGAAGAAGAAAUAACUAGAGUGCCAGCAGAACGUUAACUCACAACAACAAAUAAUUAUGCAAAUACAGCAAAUAAAAAUACAAUUUGUAUUAUUGUCAUCGCCAUCAAUGUCGUUGUCAUCGGUGUCGUUGGAGUUGUGGUCGUCAUGGUCGUCAAUUCCAACAACUACAGUAGCAGCAACAGCAAAAUUACUACUACAUAAAUCUCAAAAGAAAACAUUUAAUAAGCAUAAAUUUAAAAGAAUAAUACAAUUUACUCUUAUCAAUGAUAUGAAUAUGAAUAUGAUAAGUAAUUAUUAUGAUAGUAAGGCUAUGACAUUCAAUGUGGGCAA